CUCCGGGUUGCGUACGGCUCCGCCGCGGAUAAGCAGAGGUCAGGUGCUCGGGCGGCGGCUCGGGCGUACACAGCUGACCAGGCCGAGAGAAGCCAAACAGCCAUGGAGCAACGCCGGCUGGGGUGGCCGAGGCUGCUCGGGCUUCUGGCGGUGCUGGCCUCACGCGCCUUCGCCGCGCGGAACCUGGGCCUCUGGCCCAUGCCUGGCUCCGUGCAGAUGACCCCACGCCUGCUGCACGUCUCUCCUGACCGCUUCUUCAUCGACCACAGCCCGGCUUCCAAGGCCGGCCCCUCCUGCGCGCUUCUGCAGUCAGCGUUUCAGCGGUAUUAUGACUAUAUUUUUGGUUUCAACAAGUGGCGUCAUGGCCCUGCUAAACCCCAUAGUGAAAUGGAUUUGCAGAAACUUCUUGUCUCAGUUACCCAGGACCCAGAGUGUGAUAAUUUCCCCAAUAUCUCUUCGGAUGAGUCCUAUACUUUACAGGUGAAAGGACCAGUGGCUUUGCUGGAGGCCAACAAAGUUUGGGGAGUAUUACGAGGUUUAGAGACCUUUAGCCAGUUAAUUUAUCAAGAUUCUUAUGGGGCUUUCACCGUCAAUGAAUCCAAAAUUAUCGAUUCUCCAAGAUUUCCUCAUAGAGGAAUUUUAAUCGAUACAUCCAGACACUUUCUGCCAGUCAAGACUAUUCUUAAGACUCUGGAUGCCAUGGCUUUUAAUAAGUUUAAUGUUCUCCACUGGCACAUGGUUGAUGACGAGUCUUUCCCUUAUCAGAGCAUCACUUUUCCUGAGUUAAGCAAUAAAGGAAGCUUUUCUUUGUCUGGUGUUUAUACACCAAACGAUAUCCGUAGGGUGAUUGGAUAUGCUCGAUUACGAGGGAUUCGGAUCGUGCCAGAAUUUGAUAGCCCUGGACAUACGCAGUCUUGGGGAAAAGGUCAGAAAGACCUCCUAACUCCAUGUUAUCAAGGAAAACAGUCGUCUGGGACUUUUGGACCGAUAAACCCUAUCCUAAAUACAACUUACAGCUUCCUGCAUGACCUCUUCAAAGAAAUUAGUACUGUAUUUCCAGAUAAAUUCAUUCAUUUGGGAGGAGAUGAAGUACAAUUUGAUUGCUGGAAGUCCAAUCCAGACAUCCAGAAUUUCAUGAAAUCUAAAGGUUUUGCCAAUUUCGAGCGACUAGAGUCUUUCUAUAUGGAAAAGCUUUUGGAUAUGGUUUCAACCAUGGGCAAGAGAUCCAUAGUCUGGCAAGAGGUUUUUGAUAAUAAAGAUAAGCUUUCACCAGGCACAGUAGUUCAAGUGUGGAAAUCGGACAAGUUUCCUCGUGAACAAAGUAAAGUUACAGAAGCUGGAUUCCCUAUGAUCCUUUCUGCUCCUUGGUACUUAGAUGUGAUUCGUUACGGACAAGACUGGAGAGGAUACUAUGAAGUAGAACCUCUGGAUUUUCCUGGUUCUGAGAAACAGAAAACACUUGUCAUUGGCGGAGAAGCUUGUCUAUGGGGAGAGUAUGUGGAUUCUACUAACCUCACUCCGAGACUGUGGCCCCGGGCAAGUGCUGUUGGUGAGAGGCUCUGGAGUCACCAGGGUGUCAGAGAUCUAGCGGACGCCUACAGCAGACUAACAGUUCACCGCUGCAGAAUGAUCAGACGAGGAAUAAGUGCACAACCUCUUUUUACUGGAUAUUGUAACUACGAGGAUGGAAUGUCACAAUGAGCUGAAAUGAAGAAAAAUAGAAAAAAGCUCGCACUUACCUGUACUACAAUCAACUUGAGUUUAAAAUCAUGUUUUAAAAUCGUGUUUUUAAAUAAAAGAUCUUUUUAUUGAUUGAA